GAGGAAGGAAUAGAAGGAGUCGGCCGGCGUCGGUUUAUUGAUCCCGGGGCGCUGCGGCGCUACCACCCGCGGGAUCAGCUGCGAAUUUGCCGAUUAUCCGAAAAACUAAUAGCCCAGAAGUCCAUAAAUUGGAGCGCAAGGAAGAUCAGUUCGGUUUUCAAUCCCCGGUGCGAGGCUGCUCGCGUACGAAGACUCCUGGACGCACGCGAGACUCGGUUGGCGACGCCGAGGCUGACGAGGCCAACAAUUGGCGCAGAGCUCGCGCGCGCGGCGGCGGCGGCGGCUCCCUUCGUCAAAUGUCCACUUUCCGCUGGCACUCCGACGAUCAACGCACCGGAGUACGAUCGUGCAGGAUUCGUUGAAGCUCCGGAGGUCCGCGAGCCGUUUUCAUGAGGAACCGCAACAACCAAAUUCGCGUUUGGAAGGGAAGGGAAUCUGCGCGGUCUGCGGAGUCGGGCAAUGUGAUCGUCUCGUCGCCGAGGUUUUCAAGCGCUCCGGUAACGCGCUCGGGUCGUUGUGAGAGUGCGGGAAACCGAAUCGCGGACUAAGCGAGUUUCGCAGUCGCGGGAAACACUUCCGACCCGGGGGAGGCUGGAAACAGUGAUAAAAUGUAACGAAUAGUGAUAUCUCCUGCUCCCCAGAUUCCUGUGCUCUUCCGAUCGCGAUCCCAGUGCCGUACCAGCCUCCCACAAUUAAUAUUUCGAUUUAAGCACAAGUGCAGUUGGCAAAUGCGCGCUUGCCUCCGCCAGGCAGAAGGGACACUCGAUCGACGAGAAGUUCCCGCGAAUUGAGACCGCCGCGGCGGCCUCCUCGUCGGAAAAGCUCUCUCGAGCGGGCUAGUGCGCAACGAAGAGGAGUAAAUCAUCGCCGAACUGGCACACGAAACAGCUGAGCCACCCAAGUUCGCGGGGCGGUUAGUCAAGUAGGAGCUCGAGACCGUGCGGCUCGGAGAAAGCGCCGGGGAAACUCGCGACAAUUUUUUCCGACGAGGAUCACCCGGAGCUGCGGAAAAGGAGCUCUUGACAGUUGUGCAAUCCCGCGAGAGUGAAAAGCAUGAUCAUUGAAGCGAAUUCCGGCGGCCUGCUGCUGGCUCGACGCUAGCGCGACCCACCGCGCACUGGGGGAGCGGAGAAAGAGCGAGGGAAUUAAGCCUCGUCUCGGGAACGAAGAUCGCUCACGAGAACGCGACGUUAAUUGAGGGAGAAAUUCGUGGGCGCCCUGUGGCGCUGAAAUGGGCCCGACCAGCAGUCGCGAAGGCCAAUUCGAAGAACCGAUUGGCGACGAUGACGGCCUACACAUUAAUCCUCAUCCCAUCGCAUCGUCCAACGUCACGGAGAGCGAAUACUCGGUGGAGGAACAAGCGAGAUUAACGGGAGCAGAUGGAGGGGUCGACGAAACUUCGCCCGAGGAUGAGGGCGGGUCUUUGUGCGAAUAUCACGACAUUCCUCCGCCCCCUGACGGGGGCUACGGAUGGGUCGUCGUAUUCGCAUCCUUCAUGUGUAACAUGAUCGUCGACGGUAUUGCCUACACUUUUGGCGUUUUUCUUGGCGAAUUUGUUAUUUACUUUGACGAGGGACCUGGCAAAAUUGCCUGGGUCGGUUCCCUCCUCUCGGGCAUGUAUCUCAGCGCCGGUCCUGUAGUGAGUGCCCUAACCAACAAAUAUGGCUGCAGAGCGGUCUGCAUGGCGGGGAGUUUCAUAGGAGCAGGGGCAUUUGUACUUUCAACAUUUUCGACAUCUGUCAAUAUGCUCAUGAUCACGUACGGUGUGAUUGGAGGUAUCGGAUUCGGUUUGAUAUAUUUACCGGCGGUGGUGUGCGUCGGUUAUUAUUUCGAGACGAAAAGAUCACUGGCAACUGGAAUAGCGGUGUGUGGCUCCGGUUUCGGUACGUUCGCGUUCGCGCCGCUGGCGACGAUGCUCCUCGAGACGUACAGUUGGAAGGGAGCUAAUUUAAUAUUGGCCGGUCUUAUUCUCAAUUGCGCGGUGUUCGGAGCGAUGAUGAGGCCGCUCGAAUAUCCGAAGCAGUCCUCGGUAAAACCGCUUCUGCAAAGGAUGGCCGAGGAAAAGAGAUUCCAAAUGGAACGCGGGAGCAUCGGGGGCUCAUAUUUUAUGGUACAAUUGCCCGAUGGCUCCAUGGAAAAGAGAAUGAAAAUGCCGAUAAACGUCGACCCUGGCGUUCAUUCUAGCUUCAAUUUAGAUCAAUUAGUACCUGGAACGCCUUUAACACCAGUACCGACGGUGCCGACGUUGCCAACGAUAUCGGAGGUCAAAGUCCAGGAGCAUUCGUCGAGCGGAGCAACGAGCAACAGCGGUAGCCUCGACCAGCUCAAGAGUUCCGUUAAAUCGAAGAGCAGACGUGGAAUCGAUGAGACCAAAGAUGCCAAGGAUGGAGCAGAGAAACUCGAGAGUGAAUUCAACAAACCGGUCAUGCCGAGGAACGCAUCGCAGCCAGCGUUCACGACCCACGUUCAGGGCUUACCCAAAAACGGCUCCGUUCCCUUCUUCGAUCGUAUUCGCAAAACCAGCACCGGCGAGCGCUACAAACCCAGUCUCAGUGCUAUCAAAAACUCACGAACCACUCUCAACUCCAAUGGCGACAUUAGGAAAAGUUUGCAUCUCAGAUUAUCCACUAGCAGCAUGCUUGGCUCACGAAACAACAACACUGAAGUUGAUGAUGGCGAGAGCAUCACGUUUACUACCAGCAAGUCCAGCAUCCCUAAAGAGAAGGCCUUGAUCGUUCGCCCACUAUCGAGAAAGGAUAUUUUUUACAGCGGUAGUGUGGUCAAUCUUCCUGAAUAUCAGAGUCAAAAAUCCCUGGCGAACUAUCGUCAGAGCGUUAUAUCUUUACCGAAAUCAGUUAGGGGCGAUGUGAGAGACGGUGACGUUGAAAAAGCUCCGCAACAACCUUUGUGCCCUUGUCUGGUACUACCCGAGUCAUUUAAAGAGGCCUUAGCAACCAUGAUGGAUAUGUCAUUGUUAAAAGAUCCCGUUUUUCUCUUGAUCGGUAUCAGCAACGUGUUUGGAAUGGCAGGAUUAUAUGUACCUUUUGUAUAUUUGGUAGACGUUGCGAUCAAAGAUGGUAUUGAUAAAAGUUCGGCGUCUUUUCUUUUGUCCAUCAUCGGUAUAACGAACACUGUAGGGCGUGUCGCGUGUGGUUACGUCGCAGAUUUCCCUCAGGUCGAUUCUCUACUGCUGAAUAAUAUUUGUUUGGUUAUUUCAACAAUCGCCGUUGCUGCAACGCCGCUUUGCCAUACUUACCCAGCUUAUAUAGCAAUGAGUAUUUUCUUCGGUAUUGCCAUAUCCGGAUACAUUUCACUGACGUCGAUUAUUUUGGUCGAUCUCCUCGGUUUGGAUAAACUGACCAACGCAUUCGGGCUCUUGAUUCUAUUUAGAGGUGCAGCCGCUAUUAUUGGGUCUCCUCUCGCCGGAACUGUUUACGACGCGACUGGAAGUUACAGUAUUCCAUUUUUCAUGGCUGGUUUCUUCUUUUUCUUAAGCGCCGUUACGAGCUUUAUGGCACCUGCGAUGAAACGCUGCACUACGCCACAGACUCAACCUGUGAUACAAGACACCUUAACGCCAAUAGACGAGGACAUUGAGGAAGAAAACGAGGACGAUAUUCCAGAAAUAAUAGAAACUGCACCAUCGCCUUCGGAUCCACCGGAGAAAGAAAUAAAGCAGAUCGAGUCGGUGUUAUAAUGGAAUGAGAGUGAACAAAAGCAGAAGCACCGCAGCGAAAGAGAAGCAAUUUGUACUGAUCCAACGUUCAACUCCGAGCCAAACUCGUCUGCGAGUUGGGGUACGAAAACUCGUGUAUUAGACGAGAUUUUCGGGGCGUUUACGGUAAUUCGUUAUUUUCGUUCGAUAAUAAUUGAUAAAAAGCACAAGGAUUGCGAGAUACAAAAAAAGAGGCCGCAAUGUCAUCGCAAAAGUACUUCGGAAAUCGAAUUCGCGUGCGAAAGAUUUCCCAAUUUAACAAAACAAAGAAACAGGCGACUGAACGAAAAGUGAUCGGCGAGGACCGAUGUGUUUUCUUCCUCGUGACAAAACCCUUCGUCCGUCGCUUCUCGGGCGCAGCGAUUUCGCGCGCAGCAGACUCGGACAAAAAUAUUUUUUUCGUUGAAGCCACAAGAAUAAACCGAGAUAAAGGGUCGAGUGACGAUCGAUUUUGUCCACAUCUCAGAGUCAAAUUGCCGAAAACAAAAGCUGCAAAUUCAUCCAGAGGCUAAAUUAGUCCAGUAAAAUUUAUCCAGUCGAUCCGGAAAUUCGCUUUAUUCGGAUGAGCGAAAAAGACACAAUAAAAAUUGAAUGAUUUUAUCGUCAAUAUAAUUCUCCCGCCGAGCACACGCUUGCAUCGCGUUUGUCAAGAAAAAUCUAUUAUUAUUAUUAUAUAUACAAAAAUAUAUGUAUGUUCGUGGCUUGGUACAUAAAGCGAUAAACCAAACUUUCAUUGGUUUCUUUGAACAAUUUCAAAUAUCUCGCUUUUGUAGCAAGCUCCGAAUACAUAUUUCUCGAAUUGUAUGCUACAAAUGUACAUAAUCAAAGAGAAGAGAGUUAAUGAGAAGUCGUUAUGAAAAUAUGAAGAAGCACGUCGUGUGAAUUAAUCGAAGAGUAAAAAAAGGAUUCAAAAUAAUAUACGUGUGUAGUUCGUGCAACAAGCAGGGUGUACUUUUUCGUUGUUUUUUUCGUUUCUUCUUUUUGUAAAUAAUAAUAAGCAAUUUGUAAUAUAGCUCGUAAUAAAGCCGACGCUAAGAUUAGUUAGAUAAUUGCAAAUCGUGCGCGAUAUGAUUUAUACACGCGGGAACAUACCGGAUUCCAAUGUUCCAAUAUUAUAUUUAUAUAUACUUGUACGUUUAAGUGCUUUCGACUACUCAUUUCUUUGUAACUCCAAAUGUUUUUUAUCAAAUUUAUACCGAGUCGGCCGCCGCCAUCAAUAUCGUGAAGUUUAGUUGAGCGAUUUUUCAGUCCCCGAAUUUUUAAAAUAAUAUUUUGCACGCAAAAUGGAAUUUUAUUCCAUCAGAAUCGUCGACGAAAUAAUUGUCACAGAAAAAGCUCGAUCGUCUUACCACAAAAAAUUUUUAAGAGAGUUCACGACUGUCCAAAGUCCGCUAAAUCUUUCGAAACUUUUUGGGAUCUUUGGAAUCGUGAAAUUCCAACCAGCUCGUCUCCUCGUAUUUCUCUGUUGCUAAUUCGUCCCCAGGCUGGGUCUGGCGAUCCGGCCAAUGGCAAUAUGUAGUUUGAGCAUAUGAAGCUAGCCGGCUUAGGAAGCCGCAGGUUCUUCACAUUUUCGGGUCCCUCAGGCCCGGCAGUGGAGUUUAGGCUUGCCGAAUCGUUUCAAAAGGGUCUGAGAGAAUAAUUUUAUGGGACUUUUGGACUCGAGAUCCGAUUCCGAGUUUCGUAUUCACGGUAUUGUUAAUAAACGAUGGAAAACUUUGUAUAUAAAGGUCGUCGUAGGUAGAGUUGAAUGAACGUGUGCUACGCAAAGCUCCGAUUAAUAUUCUCGUACUCAUACUUUAUUAUUAUUAAAAAAAAAACACUAAACAAUAUUGUCAAUCGAAGUGUAUAAUUUCGUAAUUUUUAAGCUCGUACGACUCUGUGAGAAUAAGAAGCCACCAUAUUAUUCAUAAGUCAGAUAACGUAAGUUAAAACUAGAGUUAAAAGAGCAAAGAAGCACACAUCUGAAAAAUUUAAAUUAUUUUUCAAUGAACUCGUAUGAAAGGAGGCGAGAAAAGGAAAAAAUCGUUUGAGAAAGUAUGACAAACGAAUGGCAAAGGCUGAUAGUGAAAAUCAAAGGCGUUAUUUACAAACGUUUGAGAAAUAACUUUGAGCCAUGUUGCUUUUAAAAACCGUAACCGUAAUUUUUCUAAUAUUAUUUUUCCGCAACCGUUGUUUUGUUUGUUUUUUUUUCUCCUUUUCUAUUUUAUUGCUACGCCAUUUUCAAUGAUUUUUAUCUUCCGUACGGUGGCCGUCGACCAACUCAAAAUAUUUAUUUUUAUCUAUAAAUUUUUAUCUCUUUUCGUUUCAUUUCCAUACGUUUUUAAAACGCGCUCGAAAUGACGAAUACAAAAAAAAUGUAAACGAAACAGAAAAUCGUGAAGAAGCCGCUUAACUUUUUCCGCCGCUUGAUCGAGGAUCUACGAAUGUCGAAACUCAACGGACAUUUUCAGACACAACGCUCGAAAACACGUGUGAAAUAAUUGUUGUAUGUAUAUAUAACGUAGAAAAUGAUGUACGCUCGCCUAUGAAAUCGCAUAUCCGAAAAAUAAGCGAAGAAAAAAGUGAAAAAGAAACAAAAAAACAGAGUGUGAGACGAAGGAGACGCUAAAAAAUCAUGAGUGACAAACGUAGUUGGAAAAUUGUUGUAAAUCUUGUUGAAACCUCGAGUUGCACACAUUGUACAUAAAUUAUUAUAAUAAUCACAAAGAUCAAAAGAUUGCGCGCUCUCGUGACGAAAAUUCGCGGAAAAAUCGUGUUCUUAUCAAUUUUUCGAGCGUCGAAAGCAUCGCUUUUCCAAUAAUAGUUUCAAAAACUAGGUCGCACGAGCAGAAGGCGAAAAAAUGGAAUUUUUUCACUUUGCUCUCCAAGAAUCAUGGAUUUAAUAAAAAUUUAUUAAGCACAUUUACGUUUACGUGGUUCGAUAAAACGAAUAAAAUAUCGAACAAACGAACAGCGAACGUUUCGAAUCACGAGUGCGCGUAAUCUUCCAACGGGGAUUUAAAUAAUGAGUAAAAAAAAAAAAACAUGAAAAAUAAACAGGCGCGAUUUGUCAAGAGCGAUUGGAAGCAAAAAGAAAAAAAGUGUAUUCGUACAAACCGCUGAAUGAGAGAGAAGAGGCCGAACGCCAGAGUUAUUAUUGCCUCUUGAUUACCAUUGGAAAUUAUAGCAAAGACUAUAUAUGUAAGCGAAUAAGAGAAAAAAAGCGAGAACAGUUUCAAGCGGAAAAGGAAACUUGAGAAGAUAAUUUCGUACUCGUAUCUCGUUCUUCGCUGCGAUGAUAUGAAUUACGCUAAAUAUAUUCAUAAAUAUUCAAACAAUUAUAACGUUUGCGACAAUUGAGCAAAUAUGUAAUAAGUUAAUGAAAAUAAUUAUCAUCGGGGCUAUAAUAUAUAAGCACGCCUAUUUAAAAGAAAUGUGAAGAAUAAAAAAAUGGUAAAAAGAAGAAAAAUGUCGCGCAUACUCGCCCACGCCCACACGCGGUACUGAACCUGUUGAAUUAUAUUAGAGAUUUCAGAUAAAUAAUUAAAGUAUAAAAAUAAAAUAGCGUGGUGCGUGCGUGAGUUUACGUGUGUUUGUGCAUGUGUAAAUGUCUUUGCGUGGAUGAAAAAAAAAGAUAUUCGAGCAAGAUUAUUGUGCGUCUGAAAUAUUGUGUAAUUCUGUAUAGAUAAAAAAAAAACGAGUUAUAAGUGCGCCUGUGCGCGUGUGUCUGUGCGUCUGCCUCUGUUCGAUGGCUUGUUUUUCGAAUGUAAAAUAAUAACAAAACACACACACACACACACACACAAAAGAAAAUGAUGAAUUAAAGUUAUAUUGGCGUGUGCACGCGCUCUUUAAGCAGAAAUAAACAAAUGAAGAAAAAAUCUCA